GAGAGAUUAUGAAAACGUGAAUGUGGAAGACAGUGGAAAAGACUAAACUCAACGGCGUCUCGGAUGUCAUAUAUGGUUUGCAAACGCCGAGACCCCAUUCCAGAAACAAACAAGGUCAGAAGAGCGCUUAUCAGUACUGAAGGAUCCGGACAUUUCACGCUUUAUCUGAUCACUUAUACUGAGCUCCAGUGUGCUUUUGCGGAGAUUUCUUCACCUCAACGCGACUGUCUUUCAGACCGAAGACUUCUAACGAUCGCAGACUGCGAUGUUAAGGAUUUCGGAUGCGUUAGUCACUUUGGUGACCAUCUCCUGUAUCCUAGAAGCGACUCUCGCUGGGCCCGGCAUGAACAUGUUCGCUGCUCAGACCUCGCCGCCGGACCCGUGUUACGACGAAAACGGAAACCCCAGAAGAUGCAUCCCCGAUUUUGUGAACUCGGCAUUCGGGAAAGACGUGCGCGUGAGCAGCACCUGUGGCAAGACCCCGAGCCGGUACUGUGUGGUGACGGAAAAAGGAGAGGAAAGGAACCGAAACUGCCACACGUGCGACGCUUUGGACCCCAAAAAGCAUCAUCCGCCGGCGUACUUAACGGACCUCAACAAUCCACACAACCUCACGUGCUGGCAGUCGGAGAACUACAUCCAGUCUCCUCAGAAUGUCACGCUGACGUUGUCCCUCGGGAAAACAUUCGAGGUGACCUACGUGAGUCUUCAGUUUUGCUCCCCGCGCCCGGAGUCCAUGGCUAUCUUUAAAUCGAUGGACUACGGCAAGACCUGGGUACCGUUCCAGUUCUACUCGACCCAGUGCAGGAAGAUGUUCAACAAGCCCAGUAAAGCAAGCAUCACCAAACAAAACGAACAAGAGGCCAUCUGCACGGAUUCCCACACGGAUAUGCACCCGCUCUCGGGGGGCCUCAUUGCGUUCAGCACCCUGGACGGACGACCGUCCGCACAUGAUUUCGACAAUUCUCCAGUGCUUCAGGACUGGGUAACUGCGACGGACAUCAAGGUGACUUUCAACCGGUUGCACACCUUUGGCGACGAGAAUGAAGACGACUCGGAGCUUGCUCGAGACUCUUACUUUUACGCCGUGUCAGACCUGCAAGUCGGUGGCCGGUGCAAAUGUAACGGCCAUGCGUCACGGUGCGUAAAGGACCGUGAAGGCAACCUCGUGUGCGAAUGUAAGCACAACACGGCCGGGCCAGAAUGCGACAGAUGCAAACCGUUUCAUUACGACCGACCGUGGCAACGCGCAACGGCGCGAGAUGCAAACGAAUGCGUCGCAUGUAACUGUAACCUGCACGCCCGACGUUGUCGCUUCAACAUGGAGCUGUACAAGCUGUCUGGGAGGAACGGAGGCGGCGUUUGCCUGAACUGUCGCCACAACACGGCCGGACGCCACUGCCACUACUGUAAGGAGGGCUACUUCCGAGACCUGUCCAAGCCCAUCUCCCACAGGAAGGCCUGCAAAGCGUGCGAUUGCCAUCCCGUGGGAGCAGCGGGCAAAACGUGUAACCAGACCACAGGCCAAUGCCCGUGUAAAGACGGCGUGACCGGUAUCACCUGCAACCGCUGUGCCAAGGGAUACCAGCAGAGUCGCUCCCCCAUCGCUCCCUGUAUAAAAAUCCCGGUUGCCCCGGCGACGACCACCGCGAGCACGCCGGAGGAACCCGCAGACUGCGAUUCCUACUGCAAAGCAUCUAAAGGAAAGCUGAAGAUCAACAUGAAGAAGUACUGCAAGAAAGAUUAUGCUGUCCAGGUCCACAUCCUCAAGUCGGAUAAGGCUGGAGAAUGGUGGAAAUUCACCGUCAACAUCAUCUCCGUCUACAAGCAAGGCGAGAACCGCAUCCGCCGCGGAGACCAGCUGCUGUGGGUGAGGGCCAAGGACAUAGGCUGCAAGUGUCCCAAGAUCAAAACUGGCAAGAAGUACCUUCUCCUGGGUAACGACGAGGACUCGCCUGGCCAGGGCGGGAUGGUGGCAGACAAGGCCAGCCUGGUGAUCCAGUGGCGAGACACGUGGGCCCGGCGACUCCGGAAGUUCCAGCAGCGCGAGAAGAAAGGCAAAUGCAAAAAGGCAUAGGGAACAGGAGGGCGGAAAAGUCUGCCAUUGCAACCUGGAUGGAGGAAUCCAGGAGCCAAGAAGAAAGAGGGAAGGGGCUGAGACAAGACUGAUACGGAGCGUUGCUCUCCGGAAUGGAGGGAUGAAGAGAACGUUUUCUCUUUAAACGAAAACUGUUGUGAAGGAGCUUACCUUGCCGUUUUUAUUUCUUAUUAAUUUCCAUCAAGGUCUGUUUAUCUGGAUUUGGCAAGUUUGCACCGAGUUCAUAUUCAUAUAAAUAUAUAUUCAUUCAGAAUUAAAAUGCACAGACUGCCAAAAAAGGCUCUGAAGGCACUCCAUAAAAACACAAGGACAUUUUAUUUUUUAUCUACUCUUAAGCCUUUUUUGUUUGUUACGAUAUCACCCAUUUCUCUGGAUAUUUGGACUUUAUUAGACAAAAGAGGAGUCAUUGCUUAAAAGUAAACAAGGCACAUUUUCCCAGAUUUUUCCA